AUGAAGAAACACCUCACUAUCGUCAUCAAGCUUGGCACUUCGUCAAUCGUUGACGAAAAGACCCAUGAACCUCUUCUCUCCAUCCUGUCCACCAUCGUCGAAACGGCCUGCAAACUUCAGAAAGAUGGACAUCGCGUAGUCAUCGUCUCCUCUGGUGCCAUUGGCGUCGCCCUCGGCUACAUGGAGAUGGAACGCAGACCGAAACACCUGCCUCAAGUCCAAGCACUGGCUGCCAUCGGACAGUGCAAACUCAUGAGCCUCUGGGAUCAGCUCUUUAUGCACAGAAGGCAGCCUAUUGCUCAGAUUCUACUCACGAGAAACGAUAUCGCCGACCGCACUCAAUACCUCAAUGCUCAGAACACCUUCAGCGAGCUGAUUCACAUGGGCGUCAUUCCUAUUGUGAACGAGAACGAUACCUUGUCCGUCUCGGAAAUCAAGUUCGGUGACAACGACACUCUCUCAGCCAUCACGGCCGCCAUGGUCCAGGCCGACUACCUUUUCCUCAUGACAGACGUCGACUGCUUGUACGACAGCAACCCUCGCACGAAUCCCAAUGCAAAGGCAAUUGAGGUCGUGGAGGACAUCGGUGACCUGGUUGCAGAUGUGUCGAGCGCUGGUUCGUCAGUCGGCACCGGCGGCAUGGCCACAAAGAUCACCGCUGCUCGGCUGGCAACCUCCGCCGGUGUGACAACCAUCAUCACUCGCUCAGACAAGCCUGGAAACAUUGCCAAUAUCGUCACAUAUGCCGAAUCGAAGAAGGCAGAGGAACUCGCAGCCAAACGUUCUUCGCGACAAGGUUCCGCAGAUGGUUCAGAACCCUUGAGCAAGUCAACGAGCAAUCUGAGCCUGGACGAAUCAACGCUUGUGAAGAAAGCGGUCGUCAACGAGGCCUCGAACACUAACGGUGCCGGGUCCCCAAAGCUUGAUGUCCCGUCAUUACCUCCGCUACACACUCGCUUCAUUCCAGAUUUACAUCCCAUCAGGGAUCGUUACUUCUGGCUGUUGUACGGUCUUGCACCCCACGGAACGGUUUACAUCGACAAGGGCGCACACAGAGCACUGGCCGACAAAGCAGGCUUGCUUCCAGCAGGUGUGGUACAGGUCGAGGGUAACUUUGCACAGCAAGAAGCGGUGCGGAUAGUGGUGGUACAACGCAAGUCCAAGGGCUCAUUCGAGUUUGAGAAGGACGACCCUGCACCAUUCGAGGUCGGUAGAGCGCUUGUCAAUUACUCGGCAGCGGAGAUUAAGAGGAUCCGCGGCCUCAAAAGCACAGAGAUUCAUGAUGCCUUGGGCUAUGCUGACAGUGAGUACAUUGCGCUGAGGGAGAACAUUGCAUUUGGCAACAGACAGAGCAGACCUACGACGCCCAGUCGUAUGUCGAUGAGCCAUGAGGCCGAACAGAGACAUUAG